AUGGCAACCCCUCUGGUUUAUGAUAUUGCUCGUUUUGUAUGGACUGCGGCUGAGUCACCGUUACGCCAGCAAUGGCCUAUCAGCUUUGGUACCAUAUUUGCUUAUGCCACUGCUUCACUAUUGGCAGCCGCAAUAGAAGCAGCUUACGAUCAGCAGUUAUGGACGUUGUCCAAAUAG